AAACGGUAAUAAUCAUCAGUUUGUGUAUGGCGAAUCUGCUGUAUCUUCAGCUUUCUUCUUGCGUCGUCAGAGGCAGAUACUGUUCUAUGAACUCUGAUUUUUAUCUCUGCCCAAGUAUCGUGAGCCGCGGUUCCUUUCAUUGCCGCGCCUCCCGCGGUCCUAGCUGGGAGGAGGAGCUUUUCCGCGACGAAGGGUUUGCUCGAUUUGAGUUCGGAAACCGUAAAAAGAAAAGGCCUUGGUGGUUCGAUGAUGAUGACGAUGACGAUUAUGAUGAUUGGACAGAUGGCGAAGAAGAUGACUGGAGUACAGUUUUUGAGGUAUUUAGGACUUUGAGUUGGAUGCUUGCACCUAUUGGUAUAUCUUUGCUUCUUGGAACAGAUUCAAACGCGGGUUUAAUGGCAUUAGCUGUUCCUUUAGUUCAAUCUGUGUUGUCCCUUGUGGUUAGUAAGGUCUGGAGCAGGCCAAGCUUUAGACCUAUGGAAAGAAGCAGAAGAGAUUCAUUUUCGAGAUCUGCGAGUGUAAGUAGUGCAAGAACAAGGAAAGCUAGACAAGGAGAAAACAUUAGGGGUGGUGUGGAUAAGGGAGGAUACAAGUCAUGGAUGGUAGGAGAUGCUGAUUCUAACAGCAUGGGUAAUGGCUAUGGAGGGUGGGAUGAUCUAGAUACGCUAAGGGAGAUUAGAAAUGACAAUCCGUCUAAUGAGAAUGUUCUUCAAAAACAACAGUCUGUAGAAAGAGCUAGUCGGCGAUGGAGAGUUAAGGAGAAGCCAUUGCUCUUGAGGAUGCUAAUUGCUGCCUUCCCUUUUUUGGGUUCAUGGACCAAAUUGUUGUUUUGACAAGGGAUUUAUCUAAGCCCUUUAUAGCUCGGAGAAGUACUGUUUUCACGCGGUUUGAAAAAGGACAAGAGUUUCUCUAGCGAUUGGUCAUCAAAUGUAUUCAAUCUUCCUGGAAUCAUAAAGGUUAGCUUUCAAUUAUCUUGGAACUUAGAUGUUAGAAUGAAUACACCUCUUACUUGUGAUAACUAUGCAUAUUCUGUAAGUUGAGAAUAUAUGCCUGUCAGAGAUAUGUGUUUCUAUAAAUACAAAGGUGUAAU